AUGGAGACCCACGGAGAGGCAGAACUACUGGAGUGUCGACUCCGCACAGAGGACCUGGUAAAAUUGCAAAGCCUAUUCCUGGAGGAGGAGGAGAGGGAGAUCAGUCUGGGCCGAGAGGAGUUUGCGGCGCGUGCGUGGGCCGCGGUGGGCCGGGGCUCGCAGGAGGAGUAUGGUCGCCUGUUCGACAGCGUGGACGUGUCUCGGGAGGGCCGGCUGGACUGGACGCGCCUCACCACCUUCCUGCUGCUGAAGCUGUGCGAGCAGGAGGACCAGGAGCGGGCGGCCACCGUGCCCCGCUGGAGGGCCCCCAGGACCCUGCCCUCGCCCCACCGGGAGCCCAUACAGGGAGUGGUGCUUCUGCGUAACCCCAGCCGCUACUUGAGCCUGAGUAAGGACGGCGUGCUGGGGCUGUGGUGCGAAGAGCUGGGCCUUAUCAAGAGCCUCCGACUCAGCAACGAUACUGUCAAGCCCAAGGACCUCUGGGCUACUGCCAUAGUGGUGCUACCCAACGUUCACAAGGUUGCCGUUGCCUUCACCAGUAAGGAGCUCUGCUUCUAUGACCUGCUCUCCAAGCAGGAGUUUAGCUGUCAGUAUAAGGUGCAGGGUCUGAGGCACACUCCCAUCGCCCUGCAUUACUGGUUCAACCGCGAGGACCCCGACAAGGCCGUGCUGAGCGUGGGGGAUGUUGGAGGGCAGGUGAGUGUGAUGUCUUUCCGCACGGCCCUGAUCUCGCUGUUUGAGAGGCCGAGUGGCAGUGGUGCUGUGGAUCAGGAGGCCACAACCACGCUUAUCCAGUGGGCCGAGCUGACCCAGGACCAACACAGCUGCUGCUACACCUCCACACACACAGCACACGCCAACAGCUGGGUGCGCAGAGUAAGGUUUCUAGGCCCACUGGAAGCCAUUGUGUCCUGCACGUGGAAUAAACAAGGAGGUCUGGUGUUGGCCUGGAAGGAGACGAGAGGAUCGCCUCUAAGGGUCACCAACUUCAACACCCACACAGGGAUCAGUGACCUGGACUACCACCCUGCUCUCAAUCUUAUAGCCACGGCGGGUCUCAACAACCACGUGUACCUGUGGAACCCUUACGUGACCUCCAAGCCUGUGGGCGUCCUCAGAGGACACAUGAGCAGCGUGCUGGCCGUGCAGUUCGUCCUCAGGAAGAAACAGCUGCUGAGCUUCUCCAAAGACAAGGUGCUGAGGCUGUGGGACGUCUCCAGCCAGCUGUGUGUGCAGCGUGUGGCGGGCGUCUUCCCCAAGACGGGCCCCGAGUGCCAGACGCGGCUGCUGCUUCGCGAGGAGCACGGCCACCUGCUGCUCUCCUUCAAUGGGCAGCUCCUGGUGCUGGAGGCCCGCACGGAGCCCGGCAAGAGGCUGACCAGCCACCACAGCCCCGUCACCUGCGUCCUCUACAAUGCCCUCUUUCGACAGGUCAUCAGCAGUGACACCAGCUCCACCGUCACAUGCUGGCUCAUGGACACGGGUCAGAAGGUCAAGCAGUUUACCCGUUGCCAUGGCGACGCCGAGAUUUCCACCAUGGCGUUGGACGCCACUCAGACACGCCUGUUUACCGCAGGCACUGACGGCCUAGUCAAGGUGUGGGACUUCAACGGGCACUGCCACCACCGGUUGAAUGCGGGUGGAGACCGGGCUGCUGACAUCACCCAGGUGCUGGUGCUGAAGAGGACCGUGCUGGUGGUGGGCUGGGAGAGGAUCAUUACUGUGUUCAGGCCAGCGGUCUUCUCCAAAUUCUUUGUGCAGCCCUGUGAGUGGCUGGGAGGCGUGCAGCAUCGUGAUGAUGUGCUUUGUGCUGCCUUCCGACCACCACAGACCCUGGUCACAGGCAGCUAUGAUGGGGAGAUCACGGUGUGGAACAACAGCACGGAGAACGCUCUGCGGAAACUGCGGCGGCGGCGGCCAGAUGGCCGGCAAGGUCUCCCAUCCAAAUCAGAUGGCGCGGCGCUUAGGGCUAAUCAGUCAGCUGUUGCUGGGGGCCAGCCCUCUGCUCCCUCUGCACCAUCUGGCUCAUGGCUGCCACCUGCUGGCGGGGAGGGGGACCCAGAGGAGGACGGCCAGGCCAUCACCAAGCUCUUCUUCCUGGAGAGGAGCAAAGCGGUAACCGCAGCAGGUGGGGCAGACCUGGUGUCUUGCGGCAUGUCUGGCCUGGUGCGGUUCUGGAACACGCUCCACUGCAGCCUGGUGGGCGAGUUCGUGGCCCACAAGAGGUCCGGCUCCAUCAUCCUGACUGUGGACGGCAGUGGGAAGUACCUGGUGACCGCCGACGUGCACGGAGGAGUGAAGGUCUGGGACGUACAGGACUACUGCCUGCUGCGGCCUGCUGAUGAAGAGCCCAGACUGGCCCCUCCUACUCCUCGUCUUCCUCCUCCUCCUCUCCUGGCCCGCCUCAAGCCCCACCUGGACUGUGUCAUGCACCUGGAGACCUGCGUCCAUGGAGACCAGCUGUUCCUCCUCUCCACCUCCAUCGACUGCACCGUGGCCUUGAGCUACCUGCCAGGUCACUGCGUGGGCAUCUUUGGACAGGAGGAGCACUGGCACCUUGGCAGAGUGGAGCGCACCCUCCUCCCCAACAAAGUCCAGGACGAGAAAGUAGUUGCAGCAGCAGAGGAAGAAGAAGAUGACGUCGGCGAGAUGACCCCUGCUUCACCCCUCACUCCUCAAGGGCACCACAGUGCUGAAAGUUUGGGAGCCCAAGGCUCUGCCCUCUUAGGUGAAGAGGUCAUCAUGGGUGAGGAGGUAGAGCACGGCCGUGAGGUCGCCGGGGCUGACAAGAGUGUUGCCGGGGCGAUGGUGGAUGGUAGAGGCGCCUCUGAGCCGGGGCCUGCCCUGCCGAAGCUGACCAACAACAAGAGUGUUGCCGGGGCGAUGCCCAACACCAGAAGGCCACAGGCCAGCAGCAGACUCUCAUCCACUUCAUCCGUGGGUACGUUCAGUGAGCUGGCGCUCGGAGAGCUCCAGUCCGUGGAGGACUUGGACAAGCCAGACUUUGUGGCCAACCCCCACCUGUACUUCGGCCGAAUGUGGGACAGCAAGACCCCGAGCCCACCUCCUCCCACUCCACCUAAACAACCAACACUGAAGGCAUCCUUUGAUGAGAGGAGUCUGUUCCCCAAGGAGGUUCUACAAAGAGUGGAGGGGGUCUCUGGCUUACCGGCUAGGUCACAGUUAGCCCGAGGAGGGAAGAGGAACGCUGGGCAUGGUCACAGCAGGAGACAUAAAUUGGGUGUUACUGGAGCCUUCAAAAGCAAAUAAACCUAGGGCUGGUCUGGGGGAGUAAUAGGGCCGGGCACUUUUGGCUUAAUUGCCCCCCCUCAUAAUAACAGGCACAGAACUGACUCACCGUUGGGCCCUGCAUCCUCGUGGGCCCCUUUAUUCAGACAUGUAAAAUAAAUGGGAAAUGCCUGUUAUGCCAGAUGGCCAGUCCGGUCCUGAUUAAAUCCCCCACACAGAUGAACGCAUAACGUCCUAUGCAUGCAUGUACACAUGUAGUACUUAUCACCUGCGAGAGUGAUAAGAAGAGCGAAGAGUGCAAGAGUGAAAAUAAAAACAGUUUCUGACGGAUUGUGUAGCAUAGUGUUUUGUAGAGCUGCAACAUUGGAAUAUUUUGAUAUUUCUCCUUUUUAAAUGUUUUGUUAUUGGAGGUUGUAUCAAUAAAGCCGACUUGACUUA